AUGGUGAUGCGGCAAGCGGGAAAGGUAUCUGACACUGGGAUUGGUCAAAACAUUCGCGAGGGCUAUAGCUACCUCUGCAGCCACUAUAGGGAUGACAACGAUCAAAUCUACCUGAUAGGUUUCUCACGGGGCGCUUUCACCGUGAGAUAUGUUGCUAGCUUGAUCAACGACGUUGGCUGCCUGGCCCGGCCUACCGAUAACAUUGUGCGAGCUGUCUAUGGAUUGUGGCAGAAGGUGACAGAUUCAACAAAUGAUGAAAACCGCGGCCAGGCAGAAGCAAAAUUGAAGGAUUAUUGUCAGACGCUGGGCUCGAAUCGCCUCCGGUCCAAUGUUACUAUCAAGGCCUGUGCUGUCUGGGAUACUGGAGCCGCGAUAGGCUGGCCAGUUGCUAACAAGCCGAGAUUUGUUUCCGUCAACUCCAACUUGUGCAACAACAUCGAAUACGCCUACCAAGCCCUGGCACUGGAUGAGUUUCGCUUAAAAUUUAAGCCAAUAUUGUGGGCAAAAUCGACGCCUAAGCAGGUUUUGAAGCAAUGCUGGUUCUUGGGAUCUCAUAGCGAUGUUGGUGGCGGGUACCAGAACUGCGGCUACCCCAAUAUAUCGUUGAUCUGGAUGAUUACGCAGCUGUCCCGUUUACUCUCUUUCGAUAGAAAAACGAUCUGGGAACAGACUGACAAUGGACGGAUCCUUGAUGUCAAGGUACCUAAUUUUCGAAUGUCUCAAAGGAACGAAAUAGACGAUCCUUUGGCACCUGAAUUGGAAAUAUCAGAUGAAUCUGAGGAUGUUGGCAAUAGCCCAGCCCCAGAGUCCCGUGCACCGGAGCGGACGUACAGUGAACAGGUUUCCAUUAGACGGACGAGGGUUCACAAUUCUAUGGGAGGAAGAUCAUCGGCCUGGCGGCUUGCCGGCUCGACUGUGCGCAAACCGGGACUGCUUCGUGGAAGAGACGAUGACAAGCACCAACGGAAUGGCUCUGUGACACCAUUUGAUGACGAAAAUCUUGACACGUCGUCGGGCACAGACUUCGGUGGUAAUGAGUUAAUGCAUAUCAAGGUGAGGCUGCUACCAGAAUUAGGUGUGCUGCCUCCAUGCCAGUCAAAAGGAAUGGCGAGAUUCUUAUCGCGCUUUCCAUACUUUUGGAGGGCCACGCAACCUAAUCUUCGAGCGCCGGCGGAGUGUUUCGCACUCAAGAAUUACAGAGUCACAAAAUUUCAACCACACCAAUGGCAGUGUAUCCGGCCUCCAAUGCUUCCUCAUCCUGUACCGGGAGACAUCACUUUCCAUUAUGGAACAACCAUACUACGCAGCUGGUUAGACAGGGACAUUUACUUUAAGGAGGCCAUUGGCGAUGACAAUUUCAUCAGGACCAUUGGCUUCCUGCCUGAUCCGGAAUCACUGGGCCCUCUCUGA